CCAGCCGUGGAACUGUUGACACAUUGACGUAUAGUGGCGGCAGCUUUCGACAUCAAUAGCAAUGAUAGGGGAGGGCGUGAAGACUUUGCCUCAUGGGGGGCUGCAGGGAACCUCUCUUGACCUGCAGACUGCGGAGGAAGUGUCCGCGUUGUCUAUUGUGAUCAUCUACAAACGGCAGCUGAAGGAGAUGUAUGCCGUGUUGUGUCAAGAACAUGGCGACUUACCAUGUGACGUUCUGUUGGAGGGAAUGGAGAUCUACGACGAUGAGCUCAGAGUAAAGAUUGCAACUAGAACCGUGCCAUGGCAAGAUAUCUGCGAUGGGAUCACCCCGGAAGGACACUGGGCCAUCCGGGAGGAAGACGCCCAGAUGAUGGUCACGGUGUUCUCUUGGCGAUCGGACCAUUCGUUUAUCUUUGCGCCACCACCCGAUCUGGCGAAACAAGCACGCACGAAGCAGAUCGACGUACGGAUCUGGGAUCAACUUUUCGAGUUACACGUGCCACAGUACGUACCUGAUGAGAUUCAUCGUUUGAUUGCGGACAUUCUGACGGAGUAUCAGGGAGCAAUUAGCAUGACGGACACUGCCAUCGGCUUGUCGUUGUCCGGCGUCCAUCCGCAUCUCUCCUUUUGUCUGGAGUCACUCGCUGUCCCCCUCCUUGAUCCCCAGCAGUGGAGGCGUUGGCGAGAACACGUCGCCGAGCUGUCGGUGUGUCUGGUUGGAGUAAAGGUCACGUGGACGCGGCACGAGGAUCACUGCCAGUGGGCCGAGUACCUUGAGCUGCUUAUCAUCCAAGAGUGGAGAACGGGAGUGGAAGGCGAUCUGCUUGGAUUCCUCUUCAGAUUGGUGCGGCCCGACCAUCACCAACUGAUCGUGCAAGAGCUAACGGUCCCCCUUGCGCAGCUGGCCGACGACCUCCCACUUGAGAUCGUCUCGCAGAGCGACAACAGCCCAGUCCCGCACGCCCUCCCACGCAUGUUGACACCAUAUCUUCAGUUGUCAGCGUGCUUGGAGGAACCAGGAAGCGGUCGCAACCCACCGUCAUGGCACGGUUAUCUGGACCCGCACGAAAUAGUCGAUCUCGCCUUCUUUCAAGAUCGGACGGCUUCCGAGAACGAGGAGGUAGAGAUUGAAGCGGAAGAGGAAAGCUCAGACGAAGAAGAAGAAGCCGAAAAAGAGGCCGACGAGGAAGAAACUCCCGAAGAGGGGAGUUACAGUGAGCACAGCGAAGGGGAGCAAAGUGAGGAGGAGAAGGAAGAAGAACAAGAUGAUGAGGAGGAAGAAGAAGAAGACCAGGAGGAGCUAGAAGAGUCCGAGUGGGAAGGAUUUGAGGAGGAGGUGCGUGCGGAGGCUCGAGAAUAGGCCCAAGCGCAGAAGAGGGAGGAGAUCACGGCCGGAAAGCGACAACUGGAGUUUGCCAGCGCAGCAGGUCCGCUGACCAUCGACGAUCCAGGGCGAGAUCCAGAGCCACCCAAGCU